CUCGUUGUCUCCCAAGAUGGAUGUAUGUCUAUUAUCCCCGUAACCUCGUAACAUUUAGCCGGGACGUAAAGGAGGGCUCACGACGUCAGUGACACUAUUUGGCCAGACCUCGACGGCAAUAUAUAAACCGGGCGACGACAUUGACAAGCAUCGUGAAGUCUAUUGGCAUUUGUCACCAGGUUGAAGUCGAACUUGAAGUUGUGAAUUACUUAUUCAACCAUUCAAUUUCUUCUACGACAUUACCCAGGGCAGCAACAGAAGCCCUAGCCAUGCACGCUACGACCUACUUGGGAUUCGUUGCUAUUUUAGCCAUCUCAAGGUUUGCCGAUGCGCGACCUAUGAAACACUACGAAGGGUUAGCAGAGACCUACAUACAAGCUUUCGGGUCGAAUAUGAUAGCCAACGAUACCGAUUCCGUGGCCCAACCUUCGUCCGUAACGCCUACCUCAACUCAGACAGAAUCGGCGUGUAAGCCCUUCAAGAUGCCAGCAGUACCUCCGCACUGCCUCAUGAUGGGUGGUGAAUUGGCCUGCCACGGCCAGUCGCUGUACUGCAGAUACCCUACCGAUUGGGGCGUUGGUUAUGAUCCGGUUGGCGAGUGCUGGACUUGUUAAGUCGCUAGUUCAGGGGGGAUAAAGAAGCAUGGAUAUGUGGAGUUUUAUUGAGGCUUAAUCUGCUAAGAAUCACGUUUCGGUCGAUGACGUCGAGUAGGAAUAUCCAACCCCUGAUUUCGACGAGAUCGAGCAAUCGGCGAAUACGGCGAAUUUCGGAGUUGGUGGGGAUUGUUGGCGUUGGAAGAUCAUUGAUUAAUACAUAGGUACACUUAUUAAAAUAAAGGACGGAGUAAAAAUUGC